UAUGAUGCCUCGACAGAUAGCUGGUCGCCAUUUUCACCAAGUUUACCAGACAGUAGAAUGGCAAUGGGUGUCGCUGCCAAUGAAUCAUUCCUUUGGAUUGCAGGUGGGAUUACGAAUGAAAAUGACAGCAUCUCAAUUUUAGACACUGUCUGGUGUUAUGAUAAAAGAUUUGGCAGGUGGUCAAAGACGUCCAAUCUUCCGUACGCAGUGGCGUUUCCGUCUCUUUUGAUUUCCCAGAAGCAGAUUGUGUGCCUUGGAGGAGCAUCAAAACCACCAAAUGUCGAAAAAAAUGAGUUGGAAAGCACAGCGGAUGUGUUCUGCUAUGAGAAUGGCAGAUGGCAAGAACUAAUACAAAUGCCAAAACCAUGCCACAGUGUAAUCGGCUGUAUUUCAGGAGGCAACAUCUUCUUGCUUGGUGGUUUCAGUACUCAAACUAUGUCUCAAAUUUGCGAGCCGUACCAGUACAGAUCAAAGGAUAACAGAUGGGGGCGAUUAUCGCCCUUUCCAGAAGAGGCAGCUGGCUUCAUCGUGGCAGCAACGACAUAAAAACUGGUUCGCAAAGAAAUGAAGAGGGAGCAGAUUAAAUGGUUCAAAAGUUUUCGCCCACAGGAACGAACAUUUGUCUUAAUAUGAAAUCUGUUUGACUCUAUAAAGAUU